AUGGCGGCUGGUCUUCAACAGUUGAUGUCUCUUUUGAUCGUCGCGAGUCUUUGUUGCGAAAACGCGCAAGGUACCACAGGAAUUCCGUCUCCAACCGACCCCGAUGCUGAUACCACGCUGCCCAACACAACCGAUGGGCCGACCACACCGGCCGAGAGGGAGAUACCGUAUGCCUGUCCGAAGGCGCGGAGCUCGUGGCACACAUGCAGAAUCUCAGGUUGCAGGGAACCGCCCUGGCAGCGGUUUUACUGUCAUUGCGACCCCCUGUGUGUAACGUACGGCGACUGUUGCCCGGACGUCGAGGAGUAUAGCGUGGUGGGAACGGACGAAGACGGCGUGACAACGGCCGGAGACGCUGCUACCUACGGGGAUAGAAGUUCCGGUAGCGAGAAUAUAGAAAAGGACUUGAGGUGCAUCCAGACGAAUGAGUUUGAUCCUGAGGUAUCUAGACCCCGGUAUGGGUACCGUCUUGUGGCUGCUUGUCCGCCGGACUGGACUGGAGCUGCCACGGUCACCGAACUGUGCCAAGAAACGGUCGGGAUGGACGGACUUGCUGCCGUACCGGUGGAAGGAUCCGAUGGACGCCAUUACCGGAACGUCUACUGCGCCAUGUGCCACGGUCUACCACACACAAAUGUCACCUUCUGGACCGUCUCUUAUCAACGCAAGUUUCCUUUCAGGGGACUACUCAACACCAGCCAGGUCCUACAGGUCGCCAAGGGGCAGGGUAUGACUCGCUUUUUCUUCAAUAAGUAUUUCAUCCCUCCCCAAUACGAAGAUGCAGAUUAUUUAGCUGCCUCGUCACUUCGAACAUGCAGUAUUUUGGAUGCGAUUUCUUGUCCAAUCAGCGAUCACCGCACGCUGGAGCUAUGCAAUCGGUACUACGCGCCAAUCGCUUGGAACGGGACGACCUUCCGUAACUUCGCUUGUGUUCAAUGCGACGACGCACCUAUUUUUCCUUCCGGUAUUCUUUGGGCCUUGUGCGAUUCGUCUAAAAGUAGUGGAUUUGGUGGCUCAAUGGCUACUCUGCUGGUUUUCUCCGACCACACUGACAUCGGUGGCGAUCUUGCUCGAGAUGGGUCCGUGAGCAGCGCCACUGCCUGUACGCACCGUCAAAUAUACGAUCCCUUCUCGUCAUCCUGCCUAGACCUGAGUUGCCCGGACGGCUUCGCAUUAGAGGACGGCGGAGUGAGAUGCGCGAGGAUUCGCGAGACUGAGAAUGGGUCAACUAGCCUGAAGGUUGACGUCGAGGUCGCUCUCACCGUCACGGUAAGUCUGGACAACGAUGCUGACGCUCAAAGCACUAAUCGACUGAAUGAACUUGGGGAAGAAGUUGCUCAACAAACUACUAAAGAUUAUCGGUACAUCGUCUCCGGUUGCGAAUUCGAGAAUGAAAUGACAGAAAACAAUAUCAACCGAGAAAAUGAAUUCUGUAACGACUUUAGUGUCCAAUGGUCAUGCAAAAGGGGCGUCGCCACCUUGGAUGCUACACCCGCAUGCCUGUCAGGCAGUGUGUUCAAGUGCAACGUCAACGUGUCAUUCGACAGUCUGGCGCUCUCAGAUGACCAUUUCAUUGCCCAGAACGAAAGGCUUUCCGGUCAGUGCUUUGCCAGUCGAAUUGGGAACCACACAAUUCGACCAGACUAUCUGGCAGUCUCAACUCCUUGCGAAACUCUGUCAAAUGAUACCGAGGAGGAGUCCAAUGUUAACCAUGUCUUCACUUCGAAAGUUGCUUACGUUCGGGACAAUGACUCCGGACACUUUGUGGUCUCGCAGAAUGAUUCCUGCGCGGAUGCGUUUGUCAAUUGCCCUCUGUUAACAUUUUCAAAAGAGGAUUACGUAAUCACUGGCGCCCUCAACGACUCAAUUAGACUCACGGCUCACGACCGCGUACUCCGUAGUGGCGAAUUUGAGAUAAAGUCCAAAGGGGACGUGGAGGUGUGUAACUUCCUUCAACCGGGGGCGCCCUCUACCACCCCUACCUUCAUGAAUUGGGGCCCCGCCCACUUCAUCCUCACCGUCACCGGCAGUAGCUUGUCUCUGAUUGGUCUGGUGGUGACAAUUGCUACGUAUGUCGUGUUCCCGUCUCUGCGUCGCAAUGCAGCCGGCUGGGCACUCAUGAGUCUGGUGGCGGCGCUCUUUCUUGCCCAAUUAACAAUGCUCAUUGGUCUUGAUCGUACUGACGUACCUACUCUCUGCGUCACAUUCGCGAUCGGUUCCCAUUUCUUCUGGCUCGCAGCGUUCUUCUGGAUGAACAUCCUGGCCGUGGACAUCUACCGCACUUUCGGCAUCGGUACCAGUCUAAGUAACCCCAACGAAAGGUCAUUCCUUCGCUACGCCCUCUACGGCUGGGGCGCGCCAACCCUCAUCGUCGCCACCGUCGCCAUAUUGAGUUUCUGCGACUGCGUAGAGGCUGACGUCCACUACGGCUCUGCGCAUGCGUGCUGGGUCGGCAACGGGACAGCCAAUCUGCUGUCCUUUGGCGUUCCGAUUGUUGUGAUUCUCUGCUCCAAUGCGGUCCUAUUUUCUCUCACCAUGGCUGGGGUCAAGAAGACGCGAAUGGCAUCCAAGCGGAUGAAUAUCACCCAGGGGCAGAGCGGUUCGGCGGCAAAGAAGCCUAACAAUGAUCUCGUACUAUGCCUGAAGUUAACAGCCAUCAUGGGUUUCACCUGGGUCUUCGGAUUCGUAGCCUCCUUCUCAGGCGUCGAGUUAUUCUGGUAUCCCUACAUCGCCCUGAACUCCCUCCAGGGGGCGUUCGUCUGCCUGGCCUUCGUUUGCAACCGGCGCGUGCUGGCCAUGUGGAGGGCCUGGCUCAAGUCACGGCGCGUACGCUACCUGGCCGACCAAUCAGACACGUCCGGCUCGCGUCGAGGCCAGACGUCACUCAAAGAGUCCGUGAGUGACCAGAGCCAUGUGGAAAGUGGUACCAAAACCACACGUAUGUAAUCAAAAGACCCAAACGUCUACAUGUCACAAAAUGUCUAUCAAGAAUAUUGCGAAUCUCAAGUGAGAUCUGUAACAAUCAUAAUCUUGACAAAUUUAGCAAUUCAGAAGGCUGAGUAAGGACAACAAUUAAUUGUUACGUUGUAAAAUGAUCGAUGCAAUUUAUGACAAUGUUCAAGCGAUAUUGUAUAGAAUUGUAUGUAACGUUAUCAUUGUUAAUUCAUGCUGAGUAAUGUUGAGUAUUGACCAAUUCCAAAGGCUGAAUAUUCACAUAACAUGAUGAUUUUAUCAUUAAUUUUGUGUUGAUGUUUGUGUGGUAUGGUAUGAUAUAGUUUUUAUUGCAUAUUUGCAUUUUAGACUUACACGAUUCGUAUGGAUUUAAUGUUUAUCUUUAUGAUUGAUUUUAAAUUAAACCGUUCGUAUUUACUACAAGUAGCUAUGAUUCUUAUUCUUAGUGCUUAUUUAAAGCGCAAAAAAGGAAACUUUCAAUGGAUUUGGAGCUAUAUAUUUAUCAUAGUAUUAGUUUAUGUUAUACGCACAAGAUUCUAACUGACUUGAACUUUUUUCGCAAGUACUCACUUUAAAUACUUUAAACAACAUGCCGAGUAAAUUUCCUCUAAAAGGCUACAGAGAGCGCUAUACCACUCGCACGGGGCCGAGCCAAGUA